AUGGGCACAAAACAAAAUGGUUUCCUAUCAGUGACAAUCUACAUUAUCUGUGGGAUAUCUUUAUUGAGCAACGCCAUCUUCCUUAUCGUAUACUUCCUAUGUCCAUUGAAAAAAAUCAAGUCCUACAAGUAUUUCUUCUUAUUGACUGUUCUUGAAGAUGUCGUCUUUUCAGCGACUUUUGGACUGCUAGUACCGCUAGUGGUCUCGGGAAGCGAUUACAUCAUAUUUUUCAACACCGGCAUUAUAAGCGACCGGACAGUUGCAUCCAUUUUGCUUACUGUAUUCACCGUGUCGUUCUUCACUUCGCUACUUCUCGUGACGAAUAGUUUUCUUUAUCGCUAUUUACAGCUGUGCAGGUGGCGAUCUGUUUUGUUCUACAUCGAAUAA